AUGGCGCUCCAACAACGUGAGUCGGCGUCCUGUCUGAUCCCUCGAAUGCAUAUAUUGACGAGAUUUGCAGAUGAGCCCGCGCCAGUUGCGGCGCAGUCUUCCCUAUCUUUCACCCAGGGGCUCCUCCUCGGGCAGCUCUCCGUCGUGCUACUGAUAGGUGCCUUCAUCAAAUUCUUCAUCUUCGGCGAAGCGCCGCCACCCCCGUCCCGCGGCCUGUCUACCCGCACCUCCCACCGCCGCUACAGCUCCGUCUACAACGCGCCCCAAGAAAGCCAGAAGACACUGCGCGAAAAGCCCUCCAACUCCAAUGUUCUCCGCCCCGUUCCCGCAUCCUCCACCAACACCCGCUCGAUUCUCCGCAAGACCUAUUACAGCGCCGUGCCAACCAACCCGGCCAAACAUGGCCGGCAUCGCAUGCUCCACUCGUCUCACCAGCCCGAGUCCAUGGACUGGUUCAAUGUGCUGAUUGCGCAGACCAUUGCUCAAUACAGACAAACCGCGUAUGUGCUCAAAGACUCGCCCACGUCCUCGAUCCUCAGCUCCCUCACGGCGGCCAUGAACAACCCCGAGAAGAAACCAUCCUUCAUAGACAAAAUCACCGUAACCGACAUCUCCCUCGGCGAGGAGUUCCCAAUUUUUAGCAAUUGCCGUAUCAUCGCAGUAGAUGAUCCCAACUCGGACGGUGGCCGGCUGCAAGCAUUGCUGGAUGUCGACCUCAGCGACGACAACCUUUCAAUCGCCGUGGAAACAUCAUUAAUCUUGAACUACCCCAAACCGUGCUCUGCCAUCCUGCCGGUCGCACUAUCGGUCUCGGUGGUACGCUUCUCGGGAACACUAUGCAUCUCACUGAUCCCGGCAUCGACACACCCACUGCAAACACCAACAUCGCCCCCAUCACCUCCGACCGCCGAGCAAGGGGAGCAAGCAGGCCCCAGCACAGGUGGUCCCACCGACACGGGCGUUGAUUCCGACCAAAAGAGCAGCCCCAAAAGCAAUGUUGCCUUUUCGUUUUUGCCGGAUUACCGGCUGGACCUUUCAGUCCGGUCAUUGAUCGGGUCCCGCAGCCGUCUGCAGGAUGUACCCAAGGUGGCCCAGCUUGUCGAAGCGCGGGUCCAUGCCUGGUUCGAAGAACGUGUCGUCGAGCCCCGCGUGCAGGUCGUGGGUCUACCAGACCUGUGGCCACGAAUGGGCCGAACGGGCGUGAGGACCGAGGAUUCUGACGCCGGGUCCACGGCACCGCCGCGGAGUGCUGGCUCCGCCGAUACAGGCGCACCGCUACGCUUCCCCGAGAACCCUGAUCCGGAGGCGGAGGGUCUGCGGUUCCGCGGGGGACUCGAUGCUCGACUUGGGCUCGGCGCCGGCUCGCGCUCCAGCAGUUUCAAUGUUGAUAUGAGCGGUUUGCGAAGCUCGAGCAUGACCCGGCAGGAAAGCAGUGGCGGUGUUAGCGACCAGUUCACUAUGCCAGGGUCAAUGCCAGAUGGGAUGCCUGCGACGUGA